UCGAAAAGUCUGGCUCUAAUGUCACCACCACCCAGAGAUAUCUGCUGUGUAUGUGUCACUGAGGGACGGGACCACUCCUCUGGACUUUAUUCAGACAAAAGCAGAAGAAGGAGCUGUAGGUAGAAGGGCAACUGAAGAAUCCAUGUCAGACCAUCGCAUGACGCCUCACUUACCCCUGAGAAGAGAACUACAUAAAGGGAUAUGAAGAGCCAUGCACCUCUUGAGAUCCACCGAUGGAACUGCUGAAGAUCCUGCCCUGGCAUCGUGCUGUCUUGGCAGUUGUCCUGAAUCUGCUGGCUCUCAGCCUCUCUACCACAGCCUUGCUUGGCAGCUACUGGUGUGUUGGGACCCAGAAGGUGCCCAAGCCUUUAUGUGGCAAGCGCAAAGCCACCGAAUGCAUCGGUGUGCACGUGUCCAGUGACGGAGGUGCUAGCAAUUCUUCAUCCCAGGAUGCAGUGCACUACAGCUGGGAGACCGGGGACGACCGCUUUGCCUUCCGAUACUUCCACACUGGCAUGUGGCUUUCCUGUGAGGAGAACAUGGAAGGGCCAGAUGAGAAAUGUCGUAGCUUCAUUGAGCUUUCACCCCCCGCAGAGAGAGGAAUCCUGUGGCUGUCAUUGGGGUCAGAGAUGGUCUACAUCAGCUUGCUGCUCAUUAGUUUCAUCCUGCUGCUGAUAGAAAUGCUGUACUCUGGGAAUCCAGUCUGCGGGCUGAAGCUCAACGCCUUCGCUGCUGUCUCCUCUGUGCUGUCUGGCCUGCUGGGGAUGGUGGCUCACAUGAUGUACUCACAAGUCUUCCAAGCAACUGUCAAUCUGGGGCCAGAGGACUGGAGACCGCACUCGUGGGACUAUGGCUGGGCUUUCUACAUGGCCUGGGCCUCCUUCACCUGCUGCAUGGCCUCUGCUGUUACCACUCUCAACACUUACACCAAGACCGUGCUGGAGUUCAAGCGUAACCAUAUCAAAGGCUACGACGGGAGCGUCAAGGACCAGUCACAGCACCACCAGUGCUUCAUGCAGCAGCAGCACCACAGGGAGCAGAUGAGCAGCUACUACCAGCAGAGAGACAAGCCCCUCCGCUCCGUCUCAGAGGGGGUCGACUUUUACUCCGAGCUGCAGCAGAAGGUGCUACAGCAGGAACCUGAGCUAGACGAGGUCUUGGGACAGUCCGUCGGGGAAGACCACUGUUAGGGAGUGGGGAGCAGGCUGUUUGGGAAGCGGUAGGGAGAUUGAGAUCUGAACCAAAUACUAGUAUCAAUGUUAACAAGUUCCCUAGGGUUCUGGUUCCUUUCUUUAACGCUUCCGGGGGGCUGGGAGGAGGGGAAGGCAUGUGGUCACCGCUAUCGAUGUCUCUGGGCAGCACUGCAGGGACACUCACAGUGACAUUGUGGCUUGUCCUACUAGAGCUGGUCUGCUCUCUUGAGGGCAAUGGUACCAUGUGAGUCGGGAAUGGUAAACGCACAGGCCUUUUCCACUGGAAACUGUUAUGCCACCUGUAUCCUGAGGCUCCCGCGCUGCCACAGGGGUGCUAUGGGAGCCAUUCCAAUGCCAACAGUACCACAAAAAUGGAAAGGGUACACCCAGGGGGACAGUACCAGUUGUCAGCAAUUAUAAUGGUGAGAGUCUGGAACUUUCC